CCAUUUCUUAUAAACACAAUAUAUAUGGCUUCUUCAUCAAUUGUUCUUUUUCCAGCUAUGAUCAUGUCAUGUAGCAAAUUCAGAAUCCCUCAAAAGCUACCCAAAAUCAGAGCUCAGAGCUAUAGAGAUGAAGGGAAAUCAAGCAAACAUGUUGUUGAUGCAAAUCUACAAGUAUUGAAGGAAAGAAUAGAAGAAGUAAAGAUGAAAGAGAGAUUAGAGAAAUGUUUGGUAUGUGAACAAGGUUGGAAUUACACACCUACAAAUGCAAAAUUAUAUUAUGACAAGAAACACAAGAAACAAAUGGAUGAAUUUGUUGAACUUUUUUGGAUGGUUGGUGGAACUAUUGGAUUUACUAUUCUUGGCUGCACACUUUGCCUCUACCUUACUUCCCUUCUUAUUCGUUUAAAUCAUUGAAACUGAGCAUUCUGGUCAUGAUUAAUCAGUGUUGAAUUUACAUUUGUAAUUAUAACUAUAAAGUAUUAUUAUUUUCAUUUACACAUUUGUAAUGGCAGAGCUUAUUUUUAGACUA